GCUACGGAGCACCGCGGUGGCUAAGAGAGACUGAUGCGCCACCCGGUGAUUCGUAAACACCUCCGGCCGCGAAGAGGUGCUCCGAGGAUUCGUACACCGAGACACUGAACCGGGGCUAGAUCCUCGUUCCUAUUCAGCUUUCGCCGACGAGACAGCCGAAAACAGACAGCCAAGAUGCCGCGGUGCUACAUGGUGAAGAAGGCCCUGUGCAACAAGUACAUAAGCAGCGUUGCCAGAGGAUUCGAGAGCUGGGGUCGCAGCAGGAGCACGCCAUCGCCGACCAUCAUGCAGAUCCCGGUCUCGCCCAUAGAAGGGAGCGUUGCACCCCCUGUUGCUCAAGAAUACCUGAGCACGCAGACUCAGGAUACGACAGCGACGGGAACAAAGACAGCCAAACGGAACGCGUCGAAGGAGAGGACAAACGAGCCGGGCGAUGUCGACGCGAGCCCAUCGUCAACGAGCAACGCGACGACGGAGCUUCCGGCGUCAGCGCGGAUGGAGGUGACAGCGGUGAUCGCCUGCACAACGGGAUCCUCCUCGACGAUCACGCCGCCCACGGAGUCGAUCAGCUCAACCGUAGAGGACGCAACAACGACCACGUCCACGUUACUCUUUACGACACCCAGGUCACCGUCCAGAACAGCCGUGGAGCAGCCAACGACGAUCUCGAUCCACCACCACUCGCCACCGGGGGAACCGUCGCCUCCGUCGAGCACCGCCACGCCGUACCACCUGGAGGACACCGCGAACCAUCCGACGCCUGACGCCAGAAUAGGAUCCGGCGGCAACGUGAUCACCAGUCACGUGUCCUCGAUGUUCAAGGACCGUUCCGCGGCGGAAACGGAAGCUGCACACGAUCUGCUGGAGCUCUCGAGGUCGUUGCCGCCGUUGCCACCGCCCAGCGUCGCCAUCGGACCCCAAAGCGUCAUAGAGAGCCCAGCGACCGACAUCCAAGAGAUGACGGUGUACCAACCGGACCAACCGAUCUACCAAGUGAACACCAUCGACCUCGCAAACUCCGCCGUCUACACCCAUCAUCAGCAGCAGCAGCCGCCCACCGCCAGCAUCAUCUACGAGCCGAGCACGACGAUAGUGCAACAAACGGGAAGCGUUUUCAUCCCUCUGUCGCCGAUCCAGGAGAUCCUACUGACCUACAGCACACCGUCCAUCCCGUGCACGCCGAUCGUCGCCCAGCAACCGCUUCAACCGCCGCCCCAUCAGCAGCAACAACAGCACCAGGCCAUCGAGGCGGCGCCGCCACUAACGCCGCCUACGUCCGAGUGCAGCAGCGACAUAGAGAACAACAAUCCCAACUCGCAGCCCAGCCAGAAGGACAAAGAGGUGCAGACUGUCACCGAGCAGUCGGAGGCCAAGCUGGCGAUAUACACGUACGACACUCUGCUGGUGGCCGAUGGCAGGUCGAAGAACAAAAAGGCCACGCCCAGCCAGAAGAUCCCGGAAGCUGAACCUGUCGAGGCGCCCGAGACGUCCAAGAUUGGACGUUACGUCUGCUGCGAGUGCGGCAAGCAAUACGCCACGUCGUCGAACCUGUCGCGGCACAAACAGACCCAUCGCAGCAUCGACUCUCAAUCGGCGAAGAAAUGCAUCCACUGUGGGAAGGCGUACGUCAGCAUGCCAGCGCUGGCUAUGCACGUGCUAACGCACAAGUUGACGCACAGUUGCGGUGUCUGCGGCAAGAUGUUCUCGCGACCUUGGCUGUUGCAAGGUCACCUGAGAAGUCACACCGGCGAGAAGCCGUACGGUUGCGCGCAUUGCGGCAAGGCGUUCGCCGAUCGGUCGAAUCUACGCGCGCACAUGCAGACCCACUCCUCCGACAAGAACUACGAGUGCCACAAGUGUCGCAAGUCGUUCGCCCUGAAGUCAUACCUGAACAAGCACCUCGAGUCCUCCUGCCAGAGGGAGAGCGACGAGUGCAGCAACGACGUCGAAACGCUGCUCUAAGGCUUCGUGUUCUGGAGGGACGCGCGUAGAUCGCGCGGUCGCUGAUCGUCAGCCAGCGACGCUCCAACCAAAAGACUAUAUCGUCAGAUUUCAUCGAGGUACUGCAACACGC